AGCAUGUCUGAACAAGCUGGACCUUCUAGUCCUCCUCAGGCUCUAGGCAAAAGAGGAAGAAAUGGGAAUGAUACCAGAUCUCCCGAAAGAGCAGAGAACGGUGUUGAGGCAGAAAAUGGACAAAAAGAAUUGGAAAUGCCUUCUGGGGAUAUGGACGAUUCUUCAGAUGAAGAGAUUGGACCUAUGCCAAGCACUUCCAAUGGAGAGAUUUCCCUCAAGAAAAGAAAGAAGAAAAGAGCAGUUUUACCUCACGAGAAAUUAUACCUCGACCAUCUGCCCGACGCUGAUAGAUAUUACAAGUCUUUCAUGCAUCGUGACAACUUGAACUCGGUGACUAUGACAAAAACCGGAUUUGUCCUCACCACCUCCAUCGACGGGUAUCUUAAAAUAUGGAAGAAACAAGAAAGAGGAAUAGAAUUCGUCAAACAGUUCAGAACUUCUCUCAAAUCCAUAGUCGCAACUUCUGCUUCAGACGACGGAGUAUUAUAUGCUACUGUGUCAGAAAGUGGGGAAGGAAGAGUUUUUGAUGUUGUCAAUUUUGAUAUGAUAAAUAUCAUCAAAUUCCCUUUCACACCAAAGACUUGUUGUUGGAUACAUCAACCAGGAACUGGACAGACUUUGUUGGCUGUAUCGGAUGUGUCUUCACCUGCGAUAAGAAUUUACGACGGGAGAGGGGAUGGGAAACCAUUGUAUGAAUUGAUCAAGUUACACAAAGCUCCAGUACAUAUCAUCUCCUAUACACCAAAAUACGAUUGUGUCAUCUCGGCGGAUGAAGAUGGGUUCGUGGAAUAUUGGCAACCUAACGAACCCUGGGGUUUACCUCCUAUCCCUGGAUUAUGGGAAUUUAAAUCGUCUACGGAUUUAUAUCAAUUUAAGAAAACCAAAUCAAUUCCAACUUGUAUUACAUUCUCUCCUGAUUCAUCUCAUUUCAUCACACUCACCAUACCUUCUCGCUCUGUACACAUCUUCAACUUUCUCACUGCCAAACUCACUAGGACAUACGACGAAUCCCUCACUGCGACAUCAGAGAUGCAACAAGCCGGUACGGCCGUUUACAAAUUGGAUGAUAUGGAUUUCGGACGUCGAUUAGCCAUCGAGAGAGAGUUGGACAAAAGUGAAAGUGGACCAGGUGGGGCGUUGAGAGCGUGUAAUGCUGUAUGGGAUGAAACUGGCAAUUUCAUCUUAUAUCCCACCAUGUUGGGCAUCAAAGUGGUGAAUACAGUGACGAACAAAGUGGCUAGGGUUAUAGGAAAAGAUGAAACCUUACGUUUCCUCAAUUUGGCAUUAUAUCAAGGUGCGCCAGCCAAGAAAGGAAUCACAACAUUGGCAAUGGUAGCUUCUGCCAACCCUCUUCUGCAAGAUAAAGCUCAACGCGAUCCGCAUCUCUUCGUGACAGGUUACAAAAAAUCAAGGUUUUAUCUUUUCGGUAGAGGCGAUCAGGAGGAAACAAAAUCAGGAGAAAGAGAUGUAUUCAAUGAACGUCCAACAAGGGAAGAACAAACCGUCAUGGUCUCCGAACCUGUCAAAGCUAAGGUACUCCCUACGAACGCUACUAUACAUACCACAAUGGGAGAUAUACAUUUGAAGUUGUUCCCCGAAGCGGCUCCUAAGGCCGUAGAGAAUUUUGCGGAACUCGUCAAGAAAGGAUAUUAUAAUAAUCUCGUGUUUCAUCGAGUCAUCAAGAAGUUUAUGAUUCAAGGUGGUUGUCCGUUCGGCGAUGGAACAGGCGGAGAAUCGAUCUGGGGAGGGAAUUUUGAAGAUGAAUUUUCCCCUUCGGCAAGACACGACCGACCUUUUACUCUGAGUAUGGCGAAUGCUGGUCCGGGAACAAAUGGGAGUCAGUUCUUUAUCACUACGGUGCCUACUCCAUGGCUGGAUGACAAACAUACAUUAUUUGGCCGAGCGGUCGGUGGAUUGGACGUCAUCACAGAAAUCGAGAAUGUCAAAGUUGACAAGAAUGAUAAACCAUGGGAAGAUGUGGUGAUGCGUUCUUUGGAAUGUUUUUGAUGCAUAAUGUGUGUCAUCUU